AUGAAGUUGGGAGGCUUCCUUCUCCUUGCGGCACUCAUCUUCCUCAGCCUUGAGUUACAGGAGCUUCAGGCUGCGGUGAGACCAUUGCAACUUUUGGGGGCCUGUGCUGAGCUCUGCAGAGGUGACUGGGACUGUGGACCAGGGGAGCACUGUGUCAGCACCGGGUGUGGACAUGAUUGUGCUUCSGACUAA